UGCCUGUCUCACAUUGCUAGCCACCUUCAGAAGAUCUGGACUAUAAACCACGCCCGAUCCACAUCUUUUCAAGACAAAUUCCCCCGCAAUGGACGCUGAAUCAUCCAAGCCAAAAGCUGCCCUUCCCUCACACAUGAUGAAUGGAGGGUCGCCUUUGCGCGUGACGACAGAGAAGCGCGACCAGAAGGAGAGGGACAGCCUCUACAAUGCCAUAGAGACGUCGCACCGAGGCCGCCAGGCCGUCAACUUUGACGGGCCCGAGGGCUACUUCCCCUCCAGUUCCUCGCAUAACCACCAAUAUGGGAACGGUAAUGGGAACGGCAACAGGACCCACAACCGCCAUACCAGCAUCAACAGCGAGAUAGACGGAGAGAGCCACCACGACGGCGCCGUCCCCCGCACACCAUUGGCCACAAGCCGUGCCCAAAGCCCCUACACACAGCACCCCACCGUCGACUUCAAUGGCCUGAGCUGGCCCAGCAAGGGCACACGCGAGAGGAAGGAGGCGACUGAGGAAGAAAAGGCGGAGCGCCUGGAGAAGCUCACAGGCGCUGUCAGGACUAUCCUCGAAUGUGUCGGCGAGGACCCCGACCGUGAGGGCUUGUUGUCUACGCCAGACCGGUACGCGAAAGCGCUCCUGUUCUUCACAAAGGGCUACGAAGAGAAUCUGCGCGACAUCGUCAAUGGCGCCGUUUUCCAUGAGGAUCACGAUGAGCUAGUCAUCGUCAAGGACAUUGAGAUCUUCUCGUUGUGCGAGCAUCAUCUAGUUCCCUUCACGGGCAAGAUGCACAUUGGCUACAUCCCCAACCGCCGCGUCAUUGGCCUCUCGAAGCUAGCCCGCAUCGCCGAGAUGUUCUCCCGUCGUCUGCAGGUCCAAGAACGCCUCACCAAGCAAGUCGCCCUCGCCCUCUCCGAAGUUCUGCAACCGCAGGGUGUCGCCGUCGUGGUCGAGUCGAGCCAUCUCUGCAUGGUGAUGCGCGGCGUCCAAAAGACAGGCGCAACCACCACCACAAGCUGCAUGCUCGGGCGCAUGCGCUCGACGGCCAGGACAAGGGAGGAGUUCCUGAACCUCAUCAACAGGCCAUAGACAUUGCAUCAUUUUGGGUACACGGACUUUCUUUCACUAGAGAGACCAGGAACAUUUUGCAUGUGGGAUCUUUUCAUACAUGGAGUUUUUUUUGGUGACCACAUAGGCUUUGGAAUCGGGGCGGUAAAGGCG